AUGAAAAUUCUAUCAAAUUAUUUAGUAUUAAACAUUUUUAUUAUCUUCCUUCUAGCCGUUUUACCAACGGGACUUACGCAAACUGUCGUAAGAUAUUCAAACUUUACCUAUCCGGAAGUAUCCAUUCAGCCUAAUCUUACUGGUACUCAACCUCGCAUCAUAGAUAUUCAGAGAUAUUUUGAUAAUAAGGGUACAGCAAUUGUUCGCAUCGCCCGAGAAAAUUACAUAGCUAGAACUAAUAGAUGUUUGGAGAGAAGGAUAUUACUUCGCGUUAUUCAAACAAAUGGAAGCGUUAUUCCAAUAAAUCUUGAUAAUAUUGAGGAAAUACAAGAUAUCAACUAUUGCUUAGUUGGUUCUAAAAAUCCUAUACAAUUUUACCCAUUAUUUGAUCAAUACAUUCUAGUAACAUACAUUCAUGCAACCAAUACUUUUGAUAAUACAACUUUUAUAGAGAAAGGUGUGGUUAUAGAUUGGAGCGGGAAAAACAUAAGUACACUCGAGUUUGGGCCAUCAUAUUUGAAUCCGGGCACCACUAAUUGGAAUCCAAAUACAAAUGUAGUAAUUAACGUUACUCCUCAAAAAGGAUUUUUACAUUUAUCUGCGGUUAAUGGAACAUAUAAUUUUAUGUGGAGGCAAUAUACACAUACUGGGAAUGGAUUUUUUAAUUUAUUACAGAAUGACACAGUUGAAAAUUUAAACAACCAUAUCAGCAGCUUUCAAAUUGUCGCAUUUCCAACUCUGAAUGAUGGAUAUGCGAUUGUGUAUGCUAAUUCGACUAAUGACUAUACAGCUCCUGACCCGAUAUCUGCUCAGCUUACUGCAAAAGCAGGUGUAUAUGCUAUAUUAUUAACUUAUAAUCAAACAAGAACAAGUCAAAGAACUAUUUUAUAUGAAAUGACUACUCCUAAUAUAACAUUCGCUGAAUUACAUUGCUCUGUCGACUACGUUUUCAUUGGUCAUAUAUGCAUUAUACGCGCACAACAACUAAUUUCGAAUCCGCCGUCCAUUGUCAAUAGCACGUUGUUUAAUGCAACCACGACCACAGUUAUUAACGCGACAGCGACUACUGCUACACAAGUUUUCACACCAGUUAAUGUCACUAUGGUUAAUAACACUGCUCCGCCUAAUAUAACUUUUAAUUUAUUUUAUAUCCGAAUACGUUUUCUUUCCACUGGCUCCGUGAUGACAUUGAAUCCAAUAUUCAACAUACCGUUUAAUUCCUUAGAAAUACUUAGAAACUUGCCUCUUGGGGGAUAUACACAUAUAUCACGAGAAUUUACUAUACAAGGUGUAAAUAUAGCUACAAAUUUCAACUUUAGUCUUUAUGAUGAAUUUGAUCAUUCUCCCAAUUGGGUAUUUCCGCAACUGCCAAUUCUCUCAAAUCUAUAUGGAGCAUUUCUUAUAUUACCAAAUAAUACCAUGUUAGUGGCACUAAAUGAAUCAACCACUUCUUGGCGUAUUCUUUCAAUCGACCUUCCGCUACUUGCUCCGCCUCCACGUACUGAUACUGGUUAUGGUAAUUUACAAAUAAACUCAACAUAUCCUAGCAUAAACACUAAAGAUUUACCCUUGAAUACCGCUAUGAUCAACGUCACGUUCUUCGAUCGCAUUUCGUUUUCAGAUGGAAAUUUAACAAUUUACCAACAAAUUGGCGGAUUCAAUGUUCCUCGACUAUUGAUUAAUUCAAAAACUUGUGAUCCUAGUCAAUGCAUUCCUUUAGGCACCUAUAUCAGUCUCAAAAUUCUUACGUGCAUCUUUAAUGAUCCAGGUGAUAUCCGUGGAAAACUACGGUUAACAGAAAAUAUAACUACAUAUUUUCAAGAAUUAAUGGCUAACUCCGGAAUAUCUCAAUUUUUUACCCAAUUAAUGGAUGAACUCUUAAUUAUAAUUCCCACGGAGAAAGGAAGAUUAGACUCAAAUAUGCAUUAUCAAAUUGAUCCAUCUUCACCCGGUUCUAAACAAUACCUUAUCUCGCUUACCAUUUAUGAAAUGAGGAAUGGCGACAGAAAAAAUGCUACAGCACUCAAAGAUGAUCUAAACCUACUAAUAAAAAACAAAGCUAUUACGUCCAUAUCUUUUGGAAAUGUAUCACGUUGGUUAGAUAGUGAUUAUGGUUUUCAAGAAUCCAUGUCAAUAUCAGAAUUCAUUCAAUUACAUCAGAUAAAGUUCAUUUUGUUGUUUGUAGGCAUAGUUUUAUUUUUAAUAUUAUUUAUCAUAGCCAGGAUAAAAUCACCAAAGAGUCAAAACUUUGUAAUUCUCCAAAUUGGUAUUACAAUAUUUCGUACUGCCACUGUUGCAAUAUUUACUUUUACUGAUGCGAAAACCGUUCCAAAUCUUUUCUUACCAAGGUAA